UGACUAGUGGCCCGCCCGCUAGUUAGACGGUCGGUUUUGAAGACCUGACGAGUAACGCUGCCAAUGACACCUUCACUCAGCUUGUCGCGUUCUUGAGGUUCAUGCUCAUCAAUGACCGAGGAUGAGUGGAAGGAGUGGCGUGGUCGCUCGGACUUGUACCCUGGGGUCCUGGAUCCGAUUGACUUGUCAUGGAUCAAUGACCAAAUCUGGAAGUCGAACCAGGAGCUUCGCCCGAUGCUUCAACCAGGAGAGAAGCCUGAGGAAGUUGAGGAUCCUGAGGAUCCUGAGCCCGUCAUUGUCCACCAUAGCGCAAUGGCCGAGAUCAAGGCUGGUGUCACUUCCACCACUAUCGGUAGCGAGCCGGAGUCAAGCAGCUGGGCUGAUGCUCUGCGAAAGCCGGUAGAGAAGGUCUCUAUUCCAACUACGCUAUGGUCACCGACAUCUAGUUGGCCUUCAACGACGUCGAAUUCCUCCUCCUGGGAUUCCUGGGGUUGGAAGUCAACUACACCUUGGUCGUCCGCUUGGACUCUGCCGGAACCUGUUGAGGACCACGUCGCUGGACUGCCGGCCAAGAUGAGCAAGCAUGUACUCAUCAGCCCCGCUGCAGCAUCUACUUCUACCCCAUCCACCACAAAGAUUGAGGAAAGUGGCUGGACUCUCGUCGCUCACAGCAGGCGCCAAACUAAGAAGACGGUCUCCUGGCAAAGCACCAGGUCCCCUCCUCUAGACACCAAGCGCGGCAAAUCCGACCACAGAGGCAACAAGCAUGCCACCAGACCCAUCGGAUCUAGCAAGCCCAACAGGCAGCUCGUCAACGCUUCUCUCAAUUCUGAUACCGCGCCACAUGCAGGCACUGCCAAACCGCCAACCAACAGCAAGCCCGCCCCUGAGGGAUCAUCUGCCGCCAUCCACUGGGCUCAGCUUCGUUCUGCAGGUAAUCAACAUACCCGCAGACCUGACUGAGUCACGACGACGCAAAAGUUUGCGGUUAGCAUCAGCAAGCGCAAAAUCAUCAAAAAGGAGCCAAUGAGCAAAGUCUCAAACAACAAGCCUGCGGGAACUGGGAUACAUCAAUCAAAGCCCAAAGGGAAGCAGGCGUUGGCAUGAUCUCUUGCACAAACAGGGCCGGA